AUGCAAUCCAUAAAACCUUCUCUGAAUGUUGACGGAAGUGUGGAGAAAGCUUUGGGAAGUGAAGCAAAUAACGGGCUUGUGAAAUUGAAGUCCUCGACCCCUGGCAGGUUCCCCCAGGCGUCUCCCGAGUAUGCGGCGUACGAAAAUGGCAGGCUCCAUUGGAAUAACCGCUAUCAAUACUUGGCCCCCAUCCAGAAGGGCUCCUUUGGCUGUGUGACCCUUGCAUUGGAUCUCGAAACAAACACAAAGGUUGCCAUCAAGGCCAUGCACAGACGGAAAGAAGUCGAGCCCAUGGCCAGGCACGAAGUGAAGGUGUUGCAGAAGUUGGGUCGCGGGAACGCCAACAUCUGUCAAUUGCUCGAUAGCUUCGAAACCGCAGAGUUUGUCGUGUUGGUGUUGGAGUACUGCUCUGCAGGCGACUUGCACGAUGUCAUCCACUCCAACAAUGGAUCGCCUCGCGCUGUGGAUGUAUGGAAUUUGGCUCGCGAAAUGGACAGCGGCCUCACCUACGCCCACAGCCUCGGUAUUUAUCACCGUGAUUUGAAGCCAGAAAACAUCUUAUUCACCGAACAAGGUACCGCCAAGAUUUGCGACUGGGGUCUCGCCACCUUCACCAGACACAGUACCGUAUUCAAUGUUGGCACUGAACGUUACAUGGCCCCCGAAUGCUUUCUUCACACACCAUUCGAUCUGGGCUCUGAUGAGGUUGUCAGCUCCUACGAUUGUAAGUAUGCAGACUACUGGUCGUUUGGAAUCACCCUUUUGACUGCCGUCUUCGGUACUUCUCCUUUCAAGCCAAUUGUAGCUACUACAACCAGCUCUGGUUCUGCUGACCCAUUCAAGCUCAAGAAAAAGGGUCCUCGGAAGUCACUUGAAUCUGAUUCCAAUUUCAAGAAGUUCGUGUUUUACAAUAAGCCUGAGAUCCUUUACGACAUUUACCCCAGCAUGAACAGCAAUUGUUUCACGAUCUUCAUGAACUUGCUCAAGAUUGGUGGCGCAGAUGACGGUUUGUCAAACUACCUCAAGAAGAUUCAACUGAGAGACAUGAAGAAGUUCAUCUCAGAGUUGGAGGCCAAUUGGAAGUAUGGCUUAACCGUAUGGGAAGAGGAGGAGUUUGGCGCGGAUUCAGAUGACGACUCUGUGAGUUUCAAGAAUCAGACCCACCAUGACUCCGUCUUCGAUAUGGACGACUUCGAGCAAUCUAAGGCCAAGAGUAACUCGAGCUCCUCGGUGCCUGAGCCUUCGAUUCUCAAAGAGAAGGAUACUGAAGGCGUGGACUCAAGUUCUGAACACGAGAUUGAAUCUUACAGCGGAUUUGAUGUUGCCAAGCACGUCAAUGUUUCAUCAUUGCCCGUUCCCUCGUUGCUGGAGUCUUCCUUCCAGCCUAAGUCCUGGUAUGAUUUAGAAGAUGAUUUGGAUGAUGUUGAGUUCAACAAGAUCUUCAACAGCUUGAGCUUCCGGUCGGAACCCAAGAAGAUGGGCGACAACUGGAACAUUCAGAUUGUUGAGAAGGAAAUGGUUGAUGACACAGUGCAAUGGAACUACUAG